ACAUAUUGUAUAUGGAAGUCCCUGAAUCACUCAUCGACAAGAAAAGGAAUUAUGAGGCGGGCAUUCUCUAUCAGAAUGACUGUCUCCUUUGAACUGUGCUAAAUGAGCAAGUGAACAAAUACAACCAGAAGUUUCUGACCCCUUUGAAAGAUCUUAAAUUUACCAUAGCUGCUUAUAAAUUACUAGAUAAAUAAGCUAGCAAAGUGAGUAUCUAAAUGCGGAAGCGAGUUCUGGUCACCCAUCAAGACUCUUAAUUUCUCGUUUGUCGAAAAUAUCAAGGACACUACCAUUAUAGAGAUCAUCAAGAAUUUAUUCUUUAGUAAAUUUGAAACUUUGAAGAUAUCGUUUGAGAUAAGCACUCUAGGCAGCUUGUCGUUCAAGAAUUACGCUAAAUACUUCUUGAGAAUCAUGCCAAAAGCUACUAAGCAACUUGUGAUGUAUGGAAUCACUAUUAGUCGAAGACAUUUUGAAGCGAUAUUUCAUACAAUUAAUCAUCUUGAAAAUUUAGAGUUUGAAGUUUGCAAGAUUGAUUCAUACAAUUUAAGACUCAGAGAAGAUUUAGAUUUUAAAGUUAAGAGUCUAUCAUUCCUAAGCUCUGGAGAAGUGAGUAAUAGCAAUUGGCUUGCCCAUCCAGACAGAUUUGACGCUAUCCUAAAAGCCUUCUCCAAAUGCUCCUUAAAAAAGAGCCUCCGACUCGUUGAUAUAAAAUGGUGCUACAUUCACCAAGACAUCGCUAGAUCAAUGUUCUUCAAGCACAAUCUCACAGACAUCGAAGUAUGCGGCCUCUAUGACAAAAACUACAAAAUCUACUCCUUCAUCCUAUAACCCCUAUGCCUACAUCUCCUCCACAAAUUUCAACUCC